AUGAGCACGAAACCAACAAGUUUCCUCGUUUUUAUCAAUGGAUCUAUUGAAAAUGCGGAAGUUAAUGAUUACGACGAGCUUUAUCUUCGAUUUUCCUAUGUAAUUGGAAAAGAUUGGGAGAUAUGUUCUGGUCUUGAUGAAGGAACAACACAAAUCGCUCAUAAGAGUGUUCAAGUUGGAUCUAAGAUCGUUUUUAAUUUUCCGUUAGAAGUUACAUUUCGAGCAACUAAUCCUUUUGGAUGGCCACAGUUAGUACUUAGUGGCUAUGGCCUCGAUACAUUUGGCAAUGAUGUUGUUCGAGGUUAUGGAACAACACACAUUCCAAUUAACCCGGGACGACAUCGUGUUCGCAUCCCAUUGUUUACACCACGUUCAUCCUCUCGAUUUCAGCAAUUCUUAGGGUGGAUCAUGGGUCGUCGACCGGAAUUCGUCGAUCCAAAAGUAGUCGCUUUCAAUGCAGGCAGAGAAAUGACACGUGUUCGAUCACAUGGCUAUGUUCAAGUUGUCUUCAAUGUUGUGACUAAAGAUAUGGAUGCCUUAGGAUAUCGAAUUCAAUCGAAACAUGCAUUGCCGACUGGUUCAAAACAAUCUGAAAAUACAGACAGUGCUCAGGCAGAUAAUCACUAUUCAUAG